CCUUUGAUAUAGUUCUUUAUUUAAUUUGUGCAUUUUUGUUUUCACAUGCUCAGGCCACCAUGAAAAAUAUGUUAUUUUCACAUCGUGAAGACCCUGCAAGAAUCAGUCGGUCAGGCGUAUUUUUUCCCGUCGCAGUGCUAAAAAAAGAUCACGGAUAUCCUUUUGCAGACCCUUUCUUCCCGGCCCGCAAACUGUCAGUAGCACAACAAGUACCCUAAGAAAUGGCAGGUUUAGAGUUGAUCUCACCAGAAGGAUUGCGUAUAGAUGGAAGAAAAUGUCAUGAGUUACGGAAAAUUAUAUGUAAGAAAGGAAUAUUUGUACAAGCUGAUGGUUCUGCCUAUAUUGAACAAGGUAAUACCAAAGUUAUCGCCAGUGUGUAUGGACCCCAUGAAGUUGUGAAUCGUUCAAAAGCUUUACAUGAUUCUGUCAUAAUCAAUUGCCAGUUUAGUAUGGCUACAUUCAGUACAAGUGAGCGUAAACGUAGGCCGAAAGGUGACAGGAAGACAACUGAUAUUUCACUGACUUUGCAAAAAACGUUUGAGACAGCUAUUAUGAAGGAGUUAUACCCCAGAUCACAAAUAGAUAUCUAUGUUCAAGCUUUGCAGUCAGAUGGUAGCAAUGUAGCAGCCUGUAUAAAUGCUGCAACACUGGCUUUAAUUGAUGCAGGAGUUCCAAUGAGGGAUUUUGUUUGUGCAUGUACUUCAAGUUAUGUUCAGGAGAGUUGCCUUGCCGAUAUCAACUACUUAGAGGAAAGCUCUGGUUCUGCUAGAUUAACGUUAGCUUUACUUCCUCGCACAGAAAAGAUUGUAUUGUUUCAGGUGGAUUCUAAACUUCAUGUUGAUAAUUUGGAGCAGUUACUGGAGACUAGCAAAAAAGCAUGCUUGGAUGUAUUUACAGUUUUACAGCAAGCUGUUGAGUCAGAUUCCACAGACCAAUCAAUCACAUUAGUUGUUUAACAUUUUUGAUUUCAUUUUAAUUAUGUGUAACAAUUUUUUAUUGUAAAUAGGCAGUGAUUACAAAAAUUUUGAUGAGGUAUAAACACUCAAGGAAAUUUUGUACAUUAA